AUGAGCGCGGAAUGCGCGGAAUAUUACAACACGGAGAAUGUGUUUGUCAGCGCCUUCACGUGCCCAAAGACCGACAACGAUGCGCGCGCGGUCUUUUGCUGCGGGUUCAGUGACGUCAAAUACUGCUGCGACGAUCCCAACAGCUUUUUCCCUUAUGAGUAUGGAUAUAUGUGGUGGCUCAGUUUGGGAGCCCUGGUUGGUUUGUCUAUAGCUGCUGUGGUGCUGUUAGCCUUCAUCAUCACUGUUUGCGUGCUUUGCUACCUGUUCAUCGCCACUAAACCUCGAGGGCUGGACAACGGACUGCCUUUACGAGCACCAGGAUCUGGGCCCAGUCCUCAAGAGGGUCUGAGUCAGCCGAGCGCCGCACCGGGACCACAGGGUUUCCGCAAGCAUUUCUUACGGGGCAAACUGGACUGUGACAACCAGCCGCCCGACCCAGACCGCCUGUUCCAGCGCUGCUUCAUGGCUACGGUCACCACCAUCAACGUUGAAGGACCUUCAUAAAGCCCUGAAGUCUUUUCAAUGGCUUUACCCAACCAUCAUGUGACUUAAGUAACAUUUUGAACCACUUGAAGGUCUCUAAUAUUUUGGCCUCAACAGACUGUCACUGAAAUCAGUGUAACAAACUUAGAAAAAGUUUCAUUCAUCAUCAAACACAGGGUCUU